CACUGACGAGAGCAGCUCUUAUGUUGGAGUUUUAGUGCCAUGUCGCCAUUAUGGGAAUCCUCUGGACCACCUGUAUAUUUCUAAUAACACUUUCUUUCACUGGUCACGUAAUCACUCUUACGGUGGAACCCGAUUGUCUGCCGUACGAACCUCCGCUGUCGAGUAGCGUGUUCCUGGAUACCAACGUAGAACCACCAGGUAUAAACGUAUGUUCAGUAAAUUACACCAGAACAAAGAAAGAGGACCAACCGUGCCCAGGAGUACCCGCCAGUAACUGUCCUAUAGAUGUAACGGUGAUUUGCCCCAGCUACAGAUGUUGUAAUGGGUAUUCCACUGAGUCUGACGCUGACACGAAUUGUCCUGCAGCAAUCUGUGAUAGUCAGAUCACAAAGACAGGUGCUUGUCAGAAUAUAGCAGAUGGUGGACGUUACCAACUUAUCUUAGGGACGAAGAUCACCACAAGUAGUGGGCAGUGUAACGAGCCAAACGUCUGCUCCAGUUGUGGUUCUGGGUUUUAUGCAGAUGGUCCAAAAUGUAAAAUUUGUGGAGAGAUAACUAAGUGCGAGCAUACCGUGUGUUCAAACGGGACCCAUACCGAAUGUGUUCAGUGUGAGGGAACGGUUGUAAAUCAGGUGUAUGGUAGGGCGCUGACCCCCGCAGCCGAUAAUGGACAAUCUUGUCAAGUGGCCUGUUCGUGGAGGAGUGAUAGCACAAGGUGCUACCCCGGAAUAUGUCAAGAUGAACUUGCCGCUAACUGCAACUGUUCUACAGGCUUCACGGGGACACAUUGUGAAAAAAUUACUGAACCUGUUUCUGUAACAUUUAAUGAAGCCAUAUUAGAGUUUGGAAUGAUCACCAGCAAAAAUCCAACUGACCCAAACAAUAUAUCUCAACCUCAACCGAAGAUUUGGGUUAAUGAAUUACAGUUCAAUACGUUAAAAGCAAAGGUCACGUCUGCAUGGAUCCCGAGAGAAUCACCACCUGAUCUUACAAAUCAUUACGUUACAGAGUACCAAGUGGGUCUUGUAGAAGGUUCUGUGGACUAUGAACUUACUCAGGCGAUUGGUGUUGUUACAUCCGGGACCAAAACUUGUAGUGAUCUCACUGUCCUAGCUCCAAAGACGUCCGCAUACACAUGUGAAGUUGAUUUCACGUUUGCAAGCUUGUUCAGCCAUAACGAUACAUUGAAAUGGUCAUAUAGGGUAAAGAAUGGUGGUUAUGUGAAGGUAAUGAACAAAGAAACAACGACUGAGGAAACAUUUUUCUACGACGGACAGGAAUCCUCAGCCAGCUAUACCUAUCACUUUGAUACAGUCAAGCCAACAUCUAAUAGUAAUAAUCCAUUGGUGGCUCCUGACCUCACAAACACGUCAUCAAUAAUGAUAUCCUGGAGUAACUGGACUGAUGAUUUGUCUGGAAUUUCGUAUUUUGAGUACGAGCUUACAGAUAUUGGUUACGGGACAUCAGUGUCCGUGAAAUCUGAGUCAAAUAUUACUGCCAACGUAGAAUCGGUUACUUUCACUGCACCAGCAGAUGGACUUUAUCAAGUUGUUCUCACAUGCCACGAUUUGGCAGGGAAUUAUAAAUCUGCUCGGCGAGUAUUUCUAUACGACAACUCUUCUACCAUUGAUAUCACUCCAGGUCACAUGAUAUCUGACACCGUGUCCACGUCAAACACAUCAAAUGUUUGGGUUGUGACCUCCGUGACGAGCGUCACUAUAGAGUGGGAUAAUCACUUCAAAAACUCGCGCCAUAAAAAUAACCAGUGGUUAAAUGGUGUAAAGGCUUAUGGAGGAAUUGACAAAACAUCAAAGUAUGACGAUAACACAGGGGAGAUAACCAUUAAUAGCAUUGAUCACGAAGACGGAAUAAUUGAUUUCAAAGUCAAACUUGCUAUAAACAGCGACGAAACAACAAAAACCCAGCAAGUAGCUGAGUAUUCUGUUUUCAACAUUCACAAGCAGCAGGAAACCUUUACUGGAUUAAGCUGGAAUAAUGGUGAUCGUAUGAAAAUUACUGUAACGGCUUUUGAUAUAAUGGGCAUGUCGAAGGAAGACCAUGUGACCUUGUAUAAAGAUACGACACCACCUGAAAUCACUGAUCUUUGGUUGACCAAAGAAGACAAACUUGAUGUUGCUGUGUUUGGAUUUACUGAUUUCAACAAAAUGACUAUAGAAUGGUCAGCAGAAGACCCACAUAGCGGUAUUGACAGUAUGGCUUGGAGGAUUUACGAUGCAGACGACAAUACAUUGCAGCAUGGGAUAGAACAUGUACCUCCUCAAGGGGAUUCUGCGAGCUUGACAGAAUGUACGAAUAAAUACCAUAAUGCCUCGCGUGGAGCAGACUGUUAUUGCACAGCAUUUGUCGGCUGUUUCCACAAACAUUUUGUGGUCAAGCCUACUGUUCCUAGCAACGGCCUUCAAGGUGUCCAUGAUGCAGAUUAUUUCGUAGAAGUGGUGGCUUCUAAUAAGGCAAAGCUACAGACUGUGGCACGGAAAAGAAUCAGUAUUGAUACCUCUCCACCUCAUACUGGAUUCGUCAUGGACGGUUCUGUGGGUCAAAAAGAGGUUGAUUACCAACAAGGAUUGACACUACAGGCUCACUGGUCGGGAUUCUUUGACAGAGAAAGUGGUGUCCGAUUCUAUCAAUAUGGCUUUUCCACUGAAUGUUUAACGUCUGCAAACUUUUCUCUAGUUACCAAUAGCAGCUCAAUAGUUAAAAUAACAACAUCUACUGAGUCAAGCACAACGGUAACGAACGAAAAUACGUAUUAUAUUACAGUUGUGGCCUACAAUGCAGCGUACCAACCUUCUCAUCCUGUGUGUUCUGAUGGUGUUACGAUAGAUUCAAGUGAUUCUUCCAUUCAAGAACUGUCAAUCAGCAACUCCCGAAUUAAAGGUGGCCUCGUAACGAAUUCAGGAGAAUAUUGGAUUGUCUCGGAUGAUAGAACCAGAAAGAAAAUUUACAACACCACAACUUGCAGCACAAAAGCCACUGCACUUGCAAGUUUGGAUCUGAUCCCUAUAGAGAGAGAUGCCAGUGGAAAAAUUCUGGAAGUUGAUGGUGAAGUGGUCUGUGCCAGUGCAACAGGAGCGCCUUCAGAUCUAACACCAGUUCUCUCCAGUGCCACCACUUAUGAACUGAAUUGGCGUGAAAAUGCCGGAAAAGGGGGAGUCUACAAUUAUGAAAUAGGGAUAGAUUCCACUCCUAACAGUGCCAGUCCAUCCAUCUUACCUUUCAUCUCAACAGAACAUCAUCCAAGUUAUCGAUUCGCAUCAAAUCUACUUCCUGUUGGUACUGAAUUCUACUUCACAAUUAAGACAAUCACCAAAGCAAACAAGGAAAGUAUUCAGAGUGUAAAAUGUAUCCUGGAUACCUCGGCACCAGUUUUUACCGGCUCAGUAUCGGUUUCUAUAAAGAACAAUAACGAAUAUCUAGUAGCUUCAUGGCUGACACCAUUCACUGAUUCAGAAGAUCCAUUUUCACUGGAUGUAGAAUACGCAAUCGGUACAGUGGCUUAUGGAACACAAGUUCAGAAGUUCAAACCGUUGCAAAAGGGAGGGACGUGUACGUCAUUGUCUCCCGCCCUCUGCACAGGUGUGGCUCUGAGCUCUCUGGACUGGAAUCUGCAUGGGUUUACUGUGUAUUAUGUCACUGUUAAAGCUACAAAUAGGGCACAAAUGUAUACGUUGGCUACGUCUCCACCCUAUACACAUGCAAUACAAAAACCCACGGCUGGCAUUGUCAUAGAGAUCCCAUCAGCGAACGUGAAACCGUAUGUUCCAGUGAUGGAUAUUGAAGACAUAGACUUUCAGAAUGAGACAGACAGGAUUUCAGCACGGUGGUGGGGAUUUGACCAUCCACAUUCCAAUGUCUCCUAUAAAUUGUCAAUCGGUUCAACCAAAAGUGGAACUGACAUAGUUAACGCUCGAAAUGUCGGGAGGAAUACAACCAUUACAAUUACUGGAAUCACACUGAACAAUUUACAGACUUAUUAUGUGAGUAUAACUGCCUCCACUGCUUACCAAGACACCAUUGUGACGUCGGACGGAGUGACGGUUGUGCAGGACAAUACUCCCUUAUUAACCAUCACUGUCAAUGACGGGACAACCUGUACCAUGAAUGUUGACAGCAAUAUGACAUUAUUCACACAUCAUGAUAUGGACAAUCGUAAGCGUUGUGAAGAGGACAUAGAUUUCCAGGCAUCUGUGACUACUUUGUCCGCUCACUGGGAAAUCCCAGUCGCUGAAUCUAACUACCUUAUCGACAUCUUUAUCAGGGUAGAAAUCAAAGAGCCUUUGGGAGGAAAUUGGAGUGGAGUAACAGAAUGGACGUAUCUUAUGACACAAAACCACCACACAUUUAGGGGUCUGAACCUCUCUCCAGGGCGAAUGUAUAGGUCCUCUGUCAAAUUUUGCGCCAGACUUCACUGUUUUAAUCCUGUAAAUAGUAAUGGCGUGACAAUAUUAGCCAAUAAUCCAGUAACUGGAGGAUUGACUCUAAACCAUCAAGGUUCCGGUUCAGAGACGGUGUCGGUAGAGGUUGACCAGUUCUACGACCCAGACAUCAUUUCUCCUCUUGAUAAAUAUUCUGUUGUCAGUAAAUACGAAUAUGCCAUCACGGAUAACUCCACUAACGGUAAUGUGCAUACGAGGUGGACAACGAUAACAACACCCCCUUCUGGACAGAAGUUAUCAUUUACAAUCUCAUUGACCGGUACAAUGGACUUCAGUAAAUGUCGGAAUCUUGUUGUUAGAGGCUACAACAAAGCGGGACUCUUCAGCUCUGUAUCAGCAGGAAUUAAAGACUGUGCCCAAUUCAACCCCAUUCUUAUUGUUCCCAAUGUCAUAGUAGAUGCUGUGGGUCCACCAGAUCCAUCAGAUGAUAUGAAAGGACUUGGGGUAUCUUUACCCGAGAAUGCAAUAUGGUCAACGGCAGAUGCCGACUACACUCCAUUUCGGACAAUAUUAUCAGCCGUUUGGCAUUCUGGCAGAUACUCCUCUUACAAGUGGGCCGUCAUUGAAGACAAAACUCCAGAGAGUGUGACAUAUAACAGGCAAACUAGUCCACUAUCACUGAGAGAUCCAUGCUCUCAUAGCGAUGUUGUUCACUCCAAAUGUGGAACUACGACACAUGAGUACGUAAACGUUGUUUUUGGUGAAAAUGAGUACUUAGUACAUGGUAAAACGUACAUGAUAUGCAUACAUGCCGAUGAAGAGAAUGUAACUAAUGAAUUGUGGACAAAUCUUCUUCCUGAGCUCAGUGUCUGUACUGAUGGUGUCAUCGUGGAUCUCACAAGUCCCACCGUGGCUGACGUGUGGCUCGGGAACGUCCAGACAACCAAGUAUCAGGUAGAGUCAUCCGACUUCUAUGUUAACUGGAAAUCGUUUGUGGAUAUUGAGGAGCUUGGAAUCGGGAAACAUCAUACGGGCAUAAGUUACUAUGAAGUCAAUAUAGGAUCCACUAAAGGAGGAAAUGACGUAGUGGACAUCACGAAUGUUGGGGUGGUAAACCACGCCCACUUUGGUUCCCUUACCUUGCAUUCUGGUCACAAAUAUUACGCAACUAUAACAGGUUAUGAUUUUGUUGGAAGGAAAGCUAGUAAAACUUCUGACUUUGUUAUUGUCGAUUUUACUCCCCCCACAAUCACUGAUGAACCAUUCAAACUAAGGACUGGUCGACACCUCACAUCCACAACCGAAGUGUCUGUCUGUUGGUCAAACAUUUUUGAUGAUAAGGAAAGUGGAAUAGACUAUUAUCAGUGGUCAGUUGGCUCCAUGCCAGGGUACAAUGAUUUGAUGGGAUUCACAAAAGUAAACGAUGUCUGUGCCACUAAUGACCCAUCAACACUCAGUAUGAUGGAGGGACAUGCAUAUUACAUCAAUGUUAGGGCAUAUAAUAGAGCAGGCCUUUCAACCACUGUAACGUCAUGGGCAUUUACAGUGGAGGCUUCUCCUCCAGUUGCUGGUCACGUGUUUGAUGGUGACAAAUCAGAAACUUCGAAUAAAGAAGAUCUUGAUUUCCAAACGCAUCUUAAUUACCUCUCUGCCUAUUGGGAAGGGUUCUUUGAUCCACAUUCGGCAAUCAAGGAGUACUACAUAAGCGUUGGAACAUGUCCUCGAUGUCAGAAUGUGCUUCAGCAUCAGCUUAUUGGAAUUGUUAAUGAGUACCGACUUACUUCUGUUGGUAUUGCCGUCGGGAUGAAGUAUUACACUUCAGUAACCGCCUGUAACACAGCAGAUUUGUGCACCACAGUGACCUCUGAUGGCAUCGUUAUUGACAAUAGUCCACCUACACCUGGUCGAGUAAGGGAUGGAUUAGAAACAUCAGACAUUGAAUACCAAGCUUCAAGAUCGCACAUUUCUGCGUCCUGGCAUGGUUUUUCAGAUCCACAGUCCGGAUUGGAGAAGUUUGUUUGGAAGGCUGGAAUAACACCUGGUGGACAUGACAUUUUUAAUGUAACAUUUCAGCACAUACAUUUGAAUUCUCAAGCUCGAAGUCUUCUUAUUCCUGGAGGUCUCCCUAUUGGAAGAAGAAUUUACGUCACUGUCGGCUGCUAUAAUAACGCAGGAUUGUAUGUGGAGGCAUCAUCUAAUGGUUUUAUUGUCGACGAAACUGGCCCUAUAAUUGGUCAAGAACCAUCGUUUCCGGUCGAUUUCGUGACGUAUGAUACCGUAACGGAUCAGUACUAUCAGGUGCAUCGAACAACUCUUAAAGUGGAGUGGCAGGUCAGCGACCUAGAGUCCCACAUCGAGCGCCAAUAUCUGACCAUCAAAUCUCACGUGGGAGGAGACUUUAAUAGUGCGCCAACACAGAUAAAUGGUAUUGUGCGAGACUAUACUUUUAGUAACCUGGACCUCCAUGAUGGCGUUGAAUACUAUGUUACGCUUAUCAGCUGCAACGGAGCUGGCCUAUGUUCCAACGCCACCUCCAAACCUCUCUUAGUCGACAGUACUCCUCCAAACAGAGGAAUGUUUGCAGUCCAAACUAACCAUGCUGCCAAUCUCUCUCGCCAUGUUGAUGGUCAUAUGACAUGGACCUACAAAAAGACGGUGUCAGUACUCCUGGCAUGGAUAGGGUUCGAUGAUAGUCACUCAAACAUCCGGCAUUACAGUGUCAACAUUGGGUCCUCCUUCUUUUUAUCGGAUCUAAAUCAGGAACCUGGAAUUCCGUUUGUCACCGCUCACAAUGAUACAGGGAUAAACAAAAGUGGAGAGGGUGUUGUUCAAACCAGUAUCAUCCCGACCCAGAGUCUCACUCGACAUAGAUAUAUCUACAUUCACAUGUGGGCAGAAAAUAUGGCAGGUCUAAAAAGUGCCAUCAUUCAUUUCAAGUUUAAGAAAGAGGCUGGUGGGCCUCUCCAUUUGGUACGUCGCUGUGACGCUUACACUUGUGAGGGACAUUGCGUCUGCGCGGCCCAAGAUGAGAAAUGUCCAAUCACAAUUCCUGUUACAUGUGUUAAUGAUACAGCAACUGGUUCACACAGUGUUAUCAUGGUGACAGACCAUCUCGGCUUCGGAUCUAGUGACGUGGAAUAUACACCAUCAGAUACGGUGCUGCAGGGUUCUUGGGUGAUCACCCUUAAUAAGGGAUACAAACCAAUAUGGUAUCAAUGGAGUGUCGGAUAUUCAAGUGAAGACAUUCCAGAAGGCGUCUACGACGCGUCUACAGAACUGGUGUGGCAUGACGCAGCGUCCAUCACCCAAAUGACAUUCACAACAAAGAAAGGUCAAUCAUUGAAACAAGGGAUGAGAUAUUCCUUCUUCGUUCGGGCUUGGUACUCCACAACCGUAUUUGCGGAUUUCAAGUCUAAUGGUGUCAUUAUCUCAAGUCAACCUCCGCUCAUCAUUGUUACUAACGGUGCUGCGGUUACAGAGAUAAGGCGAUACAGUACAGUUCGAGAUAUGGACUUCAUCAAGUAUGGCUCGCAAGUCACAGUGGACUGGACCAACAAGUUUGUGAACGCCUCUACGCUGGUUGCCAAUUUCAAGUUGUACAUCAGCACCAAACCUGGAGGACACAAUAUCCACUCUGUGGAUGCCAUCUUAGAUGGGUCUUCCACAAGGUUUAAUAUUCUAAGUAUGGGUGUGGAGAGUGGUGUUCGAUAUUAUAGUAAUGUAAUAGCCUUUAACCACGCCGGAGUGCACUGGACAGAAACCUCAGACGGGUUCGUCCUGGAUAAUACACCACCUGUCAAAGGAGUAAUUUACGAUGGCACAGGUCUAGAAGACUUGGAUUUUCAGGAUUCAGAUUCAGUCGUUGCUGCUCGUUGGCAUGGGUUUAAUGACAUGGAUUCUGGGAUAAGGUGGUAUCAAUGGUGUGUUGGAUCUACCCCCUCUAUAGCAGGUGACAACGUCUGUGAUGUUGUGCCUUGGAGAAACGUUGGUAUUCAUACCAAAAUCAAACUACAACUCUCAAAAACACUUCCAAAAUGUGUCUAUAACAAAGUGUAUGCUACUGAUCAGGUAGGAUACACUUCCCCUAUCGCUGUUUCCAAUGGUUACUGUUCAGACACGUCGUCACCAAUGCCUCUAUAUCUGACAACACUGGAGGCUAACAUUGUCGUCAAUGGUGCCUUUAAUACUUAUAAUCGUUAUGUUAAAUUUCUGGAUUUAAACACCACUGAUAUCUGUGAUAUGGCCAACAAACUGGAUGCCACAGGGUGGACUUUGCCUUCCGGUGCUUGUGCAGUUAUUGUAGAGUCAAGUCUUUCUCAGACUGAAAAUUCUUUUUUACAUGUGCGCGGUGUGGUUCAGCAAGGAGUCUCACUAACUCCAGGCUUAUAUAGACUGACUUUUGUGUCUAGUCACGCGCAUAUAAAUGAUGCAAGAGUCGCCAACAAGGAGGGGUAUAUAUCACUAGGAGAACAAAAACAUGUAUUCAUGCUGUAUACUAAACCAUAUCGUCAGGAUGGACAUGCGAUAGAAUCUGAGAGAAAGAUAAUAUCUUGGCAUAACCAUACGUUUUAUUUCAAUUUAACAAAAGGUGGAACUUAUGAGUUGGUAGUAGGAUCUGUUGGACAAGGAAGUGGAAUAUAUGUCGACGAUAUUAGGUUGCAAUUUAUAAAUACUAGUGAAAUUUCUGUAUUAAGCAAUGAAACGGUGCACGGUCAUACCACGUUUUUACAUGAAUGGGCGUCUGUACAUGCUGGAUGGAGCUUUUUCAACCCUGGGCCAAGUCCAAUUAUUAAUUAUAUGUGGGCUAUAGGUUUUUCUCAUGGUGGAAUUCAGAUACAGAGUUUUAAAAACACUGGUUUACUUCCAUUUGGAUCCAAAAAUGAUGUGACUUUGGUACACAACGCUUCUGUAUACUUUACCGUGACUGCUACUAAUGCAGUCGGAAGAACUGCUGUAUCAUACUCCGAUAGAAUUCUUGUUGAUUUGACUCCACCACUGAUACCUGAAGUAAAUGAUGGCCGGGGUUCUGACGAGGAUUACAGUGGAAUUAGCACUGUGUUUGUGAACUGGAAGGCUUAUGAUCAGGAGUCAGGAAUACGUUCUUGUGAAUGGGCUGUCGGGUUUUCUCCACAAUCAGUUGACUUAAAGAAGUUCACCGUUAUGACAACCUAUUCAGGAUAUAUUGAUGUUAAUUUCACGGACACGGAAAACAAUACUAUCUACAGUUCAGUUCGCUGCACUAACCAUGCAGGUCUUACGUCAUACGCAUAUUCUGAUGGAAUCAAAAUAUCCCAGAAUGCACCAAAUGCUUCAAACGUGCAGAUUACUCAUGUGGCUCUUUCACAAACCGUGUAUCCCCCGUCUGAUGGGUUCCAGGGAGUUUCGGAUUCUGUCCGAUUAUUUUGGAGCGGAUUUGACGAUACUAUCGGAAUAAGUUCUCAUAGAGUGGUGCUUGACUUUGCCAACAUGGAUGAAGAUUUAUAUACAACAGUAACUUACCCACAGAACCAAACAGUUCAAUAUAUGUACGUUACUAGACUUUCCAUGAAGGACGGAAUACAGAAAGUCAGGGUCAAUACAAAGAAUGCCCUUGGAAUAUCAAGCGAAAAUGUACUCUAUAACAUUUCGCUUUAUUCUUCGGCUCCAGAUAGAAAUAGCAGUGUCAACCCAAAAGUAACUUGGAAUCCGACGACCUCGAAAUUUAAGGCAACCUGGCCUAAUGUAUUUUCCUCCGCGCAUGCUAUGAGGUUUGAAGUUUCUGCUGGCCUGGCAGAAGGUGGAGCUGAAAUUCUACAGUGGGCGGAAACUUUAAAUACAGAGAUUGAGUUUGAAAUGCCUAAAAGUAUAACAGACUUUAAAGGAUAUGACGUAUUUGUGUACAUCCGGGCAAUUGCAGCAGGAGGACAUUACACUGGAGUAAAGGGAAAGGUGACAUUACCGUCAUAGUAUUUUAAGUUUGAUAUUUGGUCGGUGCUUACGAACGAUUUCUCAAGAAGAGUGUUGCACUAGUAAUGAAAUGUAUGUAUCAUGUCUCCCCUUCGACGAAGGGAUACAUAUUGUUUUAUCCUGAUUUUUCUUGUUAUUCACAAACUUUUUUAUAUUUUAAGGGAAGCUUGUGGUUAUAAGACAAUGUGUCAGAUACAUGAAUCUUAAACUUUAACCUCAGUGUAAAACUAGCUUUUCAUUGGGGGAGAGAGUGUUAAGAAAUAAUUAUAAGAAGAUAUGUUAUGUACAACCAUAAACCAUACAUGAUCAUAGGUGCUCGGUUUCAGAAUGGUGUACUUUGUGAAUUGUGUGUUUUUGUGUGUCUGCCUAUAUACACUGAAAACAAAAAUAACAAUCAAAAUG